GAGAGAGAGGAGAGAGGGAGCGAGAGACGGCAGAGAGCGAAGGCGACUGAGCGCAGGAGAGAGAGAUCACGGUCACUUCACGGAGUUGUGCGCUUUCGCUGUGCUGGGUCGCGGGCAUCUAAAACUCACUAUAAAAUUAAUUUAAUCUCCUGCGCAGUUGGAGACUGCUAUGGAUGUUGCACCUGGAUUUGCAUUGGUUAUUUUUAUACGUUUACUUCUCCACUCGAAUGGCCUUUACAUCUCCAGUAGUAUAGACUCCCUGAGGCAUGCAGUGAGGCAGUACCAGCUGGUGACGCCGGUGAGCACGGAUGCCCAGGGCAGGUUCCUGUCGCACGCCGUAUCAACCGAGCGGCCGCUGCAGCCGUGCAGGGGCCGCUGUAGCCGGGAGGCGGCGCGGCCGGAGCAUGUGGGCAGCAGCAGAGAGCUGGUCUUCUACAACAUCACCGUCUUCGGCCGGGAGCUGCACCUGCGUCUGCGGCGAAAUUCGCGGCUGGUGGCCCCUGGAGCCAAGGUGGAGUGGCAGGAGAACAGCACCACGCGGGUGGAGCCUUUGCUGGCAAACUGCCUCUACGUGGGUGACGUCUCCGACAUGCAAGGUGCAUCUGUCGCCAUCAGCAAUUGCGAUGGUCUGGCCGGCAUGAUCCGGACAGAGAACGAGGAGUUCUACAUCGAGCCCCUGGAGCAGGGCGACCGCGUGACGCUGGAGGAGUGGAGAGGCAGCGGGCGCCCUCACGUUGUGUAUCGCUCCUCGGACAUCAAGAGGCCUGCCACAAAUCACACGGCCGACUCUCAUCUGCAAGAUAUGGGGGGUUUGGCAGACUGGAGGACAUUAUAUACGAGAGUGGAGGAGGGGGCGCAUCAGGCAAGGCGAACCAGACGGCAGGUGGCGGAGAGCGUCUACAACAUCGAGGUCCUGCUCGGGGUGGACUACUCUGUAUCCCUCUUCCAUGGCAAGGAGCACGUGCAGAAGUAUUUACUGACCCUAAUGAAUAUCGUGAACGACAUCUACCAUGACAACUCCUUGGGCGCUCGGAUCAAUGUGGUCCUGGUGCGGAUGAUCGUCCUGUCCUAUGAGAAGUCCAUGAGCUUGAUCGAGCUGGGGAACCCAUCCCAGAGCCUGGAGAACGUCUGCCGCUGGGCAUUCCUGCAGCAGAAGCAGGACGCGGGCGACGCGGAGCACCAUGACCACGCCAUCUUCCUCACUCGCCAGGAGUUCGGCCCCAGCGGCAUGCAGGGUUACGCACCGGUGACGGGCAUGUGUCACCCGGUGCGGAGCUGCACCCUCAACCACGAGGACGGCUUCUCCUCCGCCUUCGUGGUGGCACACGAGACCGGACACGUGCUGGGCAUGGAGCACGACGGGCAGGGCAACGUCUGCGGGGACGAGGUGCCCAUGGGCAGCAUCAUGGCGCCGCUGGUGCAGGCCGCCUUCCACCGCUUCCACUGGUCCCGUUGCAGCCAGCAGGAGCUCAGCCGCUACCUGCACUCCUACGAUUGUCUUGGGGACGACCCUUUCAAUCAUGACUGGCCCUCUCUACCACGGCUGCCAGGGCUCCAUUACUCCAUGAACGAGCAGUGCCGCUUCGAGUUCGGAAUCGGCUACAUGAUGUGUACCGCGUACAGCACCCUCGACCCCUGUCAGCAGCUCUGGUGCAGUCACCCAGAGAACCCCUUCUUCUGCAAAACCAAAAAGGGGCCCCCACUUGACGGCACAACCUGCGAGCCUGGGAAGCAUUGCUACAAAGGCCACUGCAUGUGGCUGACUCCAGAGAUCCUGAAGCAGGAUGGACACUGGGGAGCGUGGAGCCAGUUUGGAUCGUGCUCUCGGAGCUGCGGGGGCGGCGUGCAGUUUCGUACCCGGCAGUGUGACAACCCCGCCCCGUCGAACGGCGGCCGUACCUGCUUCGGCAGGAACUACGAGCUGCGUCUCUGCAGCACGGAGGAGUGCGGCAAGCCUCUGGCGGACUUCCGGGAGGAACAGUGCCGGUCGUGGGACCCCUUCUUCGAAUACCAAAACAGGAAGCACCACUGGCUUCCGUACGAGCACCCCGACCCCAAUGAGCGAUGCCAACUGUACUGCCAGUCGCAGGAGAGCGGCGAUGGCGUCUACAUGAAGAGGAUGGUGCAUGAUGGGACACGUUGCUCUUACCAGGACCCCUACAGCAUCUGCGUGCGGGGGGACUGCGUGAAAGUUGGCUGCGACCUUGUCAUUGGGUCGAGUCUGCUGGAAGACAAAUGCGGCGUCUGUGGUGGGGACGACUCCGGCUGCAAGAUCGUCAAGGGCACCUUCACGCGCAGCGUCAAGAAACCAGGUUUCCUUGAGAUUCUGGAAAUCCCAGCUGGAGCGCGGCACAUCCUCAUCCAGGAAUUUAAGGGAACGCCGCACAUCGUCGCGUUGAAGAACCUGGCCACGGGACGCCUCUUCCUGAAUGACCAUGACGAGUUCCCAGAGUCCCGGACGGUUAUUGAGAAGGGCGUGGAAUGGGAGUACAACAAUGACGACGACAAAGAGACUGUCCAAGCCAGUGGCCCACUGAAUUACGGGAUACUUAUUAUGGUGCGAACCUCUGGGGACUCCAAGGUCACUCUGUCAUAUGAGUAUUAUGUCCAAGAGGAGCAAGAGGCUUCCGUGGAGAAUGAUGUGAUAUCAGAGGACUCACUGUAUUUCGAGUGGGCGCUGAAGAAGUGGUCCCACUGCUCCAGGCCCUGUGGGGGAGGUAAGCAGUAUACAAGGUACGGGUGCAGGAGAAAGUCCAACAGUAAGCUGGUGGACCGCGCCUACUGCGAGGACAUCAAGAAGCCACGAGCCAUCAGCAGAAGCUGCAACCAGAUCGAGUGCUUCCCGCCUGUCUGGCUGACCGGUGACUGGGAGCCGUGCAGCUCUUCCUGCGGCAAAACCGGCUUCCGGCUGCGCUCUGUCCGCUGCGUGCAGCCGCUGGCUGACGGCACCAGCCACUCCAUCCACAGCAAAUAUUGCGAGCAGGAGCGACCCGAAGCCCGGCGGGCCUGUAACCGCCACCUCUGCCCGGCCCAGUGGACUGUCGGGUUGUGGUCGCCGUGUUCGGAAACCUGCGGCAGAGGCACACAGCAGCGCAGCGUCCGCUGCGACACUCAUGAAAACAACAUUGGCUUCUGCCUGGGGGGCAAACCAGCAAGCAUGCGACCCUGCCAGCUGCUGCCAUGUCCAGGUAACUCGGCUGACCACAAUAAUAAAGGCAACCUUCUUGUUCAAUGGCAGUCUCGACCCGAGCUCAAAUUCCCCAAGCAGAAGAUUUUGAAUCGGCGCUGUCGGGGGGACAAGUCGCCGUUCUGUCGCAUGGAGGUGCUGAGCAGGUACUGCACCAUUCCGGGCUACAAGCAAAUGUGCUGCAGGUCCUGCGACGGUUCCACGUACUUGGGCCCUACGGAUGUAGCCCCGACGGACUUCACGGAUGCGGGCUUAACUUCCACGGACCCCAGCCCUUCUAUGAGCACGUUUAUGAAGUACAGUAGCAGUUCAACCUGGCUGGACCUGAUCCCCUUCUCCGACUCUACGGACGAGCACCCCACAACAAUCAGUCCUACGACUGUGUUGUACAGCACUACAUUUCCCAGCAUGCCCUUUGAGUACACUGACACUAUGGUGACCCUUGGGGAUAUUGGUGUUGGUCAGGAUACGACCUCAUCUGCCCCCUUUUCAUCCACCACCCCCCCCAAAGAGAAGGCUACAGGCGAACUUGAGUGAAACAAAUUUCAUCGAUGUGCCUUAUUGGAAACCAGGUUUGGACCAUAACGUCUCCCAGAACUACCUCAAUCGCAGAAGGACACGCAAUAAACAUAUUCUGGAACUCUUAGCGGAAAAACGGAGGCAAAAUCCUCCAGCUAAAAGGAAAACGAGUAUGUGACCGAGAAAACCGCUUCUCACUCACCGGUGCUUUGUAUCGUCCGAUAUCUUCAUUCAUUGUCUGUCAGAUACUGAAGAAUAAUUACAAAGAGGUAAAGACAUGAAAGAUUCAGCUUUAUAUUUACAGAACAAAGUUGUACAGGUAUCUGCCUUGCAUUUGUAUAAAUGAAUUAUAAAUAAAAUCUAUCAAGGAAA